AUGAAGAGCGACUGGUGUAUCGCUCUCAGAAGCAUGCACUCCGCGAUUGCCGCGCCGUUGGAGCUGCCAUUGCCAUUCACUGCUUUACUAAUAUCACACACAAUAUGCCUCGAUUUAAGCCAGCGCCUGAUUGACACUCGCACGACACGAUCCCGGCUGGGGUUCACCGGCUCGAUUGAUCGAAAAGAUAUCCGUUUCGGGCAGGCGUGUUUGACGCCUAAUCAGCCUCAACCAGCGACCGGACUAGCUGCCGAUUCUUCACCACACCACCUGCUGGUACCCGUCCCCUUUUUCCAAUGCCUGAACCCGUGCUAUGAGACUUUGUCAAUCCCGCCGUCGUAUUUACCAGCUAUGACCCGGUGCCCAUUUGUAGUUGGGGCUGCCGAUGGACCCGAGUUGAGAGAGUCGCAACUCUUUGGAGUGGAGGAGGAGCGUUCCGUGCCUUUGCGUGCUCGCCAUGUGGGGAAGGCGACAACUGCCACUGGCUCAACUCUCCUCCCGCCUCACUCAGCCUCAUAUGAGCUCGUGUGGCUGCGCAACCGUGAGCUCAGAUUUUCCUGGAUACCCGAGAAACAAUUUUCCCGAGCCAAAUCGAGCAUAACAGAGUAUCACAACUCGAGAACCCCCCGUUCGCUACCCAGAUUACCCCGCGAAACUCACCUUAGAAGCCAGUCCACCAUGGCGUCCACAACUGAGAUUGAGAACCCCGACCUGCUCGUCACCUCAAACGACCCGGAACACCCCGCGAAUCUCAUCCCUUCGCUUUGCGCAAAGUUCUGGACAUUAGGCUGGGUUACUGGUACCGGUGGUGGCUGCUCCAUUCGAAAUGACGACCUCGUCUACCUCGCCCCCUCAGGCGUCCAAAAAGAACUCAUGAAGCCUCAGGACAUCUACGUCCUCUCUCUCGCCGCCCAAGAAGCAUCCCUCAAAAACCGCGUCUACCUCCGCUCCCCGCCCUCCUACAAGCCUUCCCAGUGCACCCCUCUCUUCCUCGCCGCCUUCACCCGCCGCGGCGCCGGCUGCUGCAUCCACACGCACUCCCACUGGGCCGUCCUCGUCACCCUCAUCCUCGAGGGUCAAGGCCGCGCCGGCGGCAACGACAAGCUGUUCGAGAUCAACAACAUCGAACAGAUCAAGGGCUUCGGAAAGGGGUUCCGGAAGCAAGGCAAUCUCGGGUACCACGACACCCUCCGCAUCCCCGUUAUCGAGAACACGGCCCACGAGGAGGACCUGACAGAGUUCCUCGAGGAGGCCAUGGACAAGUACCCUGACACAUACGCCGUGCUGGUGCGGAGGCACGGCGUCUAUGUUUGGGGCGACAACGUCCACAAGGCCAAGACGCAGUGUGAGAGCUUGGACUAUCUCUUCCAAUUGGCCGUCGAGAUGAAACAGCUGGGUAUCCCCUGGAUCAGCGACAUUCCAGGGUCACUUACGGAUGACUUACGUCUGAAACCAAACCGCCACCCGUCAAAAAGCAAAUCGCAUCGCGCACCGAACCCAGAUAAUCUUGCAAGGAGCAACGCCUCAGAUCCGCUUGUCACUUGGAAUAUGCGUUCAACUCAGUACAUGGACCGCAUGUCACACAAAAACACGAACACCUUCAAGCACGCACGAACUACGAGGAAGACAUUGUGA